UGAGUUGAGCGCUGGGCGUCGAGCGUCGAACGUCGUACCGCUUCCGCCGUUAAUUGAGCCCCCUAAAUUAAACUAUCCGCGAGUUGUCCGCUUUUUACAAAAAGAGUCUCGUGAUUCGCGGUUCGCGAUUGAUAGAGAAAAAGAGGCGGGUUGUUCAGUGAAUAUAUAUAAUAUAUAUUCAGUAUGCCGCAGAGUCCCACCAACAACUGGUCAUUUCAGCCACUUCAUCGCCAGCGGAGCAGCAGCGGAUAUCCCCAGCAUGUCCUUAAUACGGUGCCGGAGACCGCCGUGCUCACCACGCCCCCGCCCACCCGAAAACCGCUCACAAUACAAAUUGCUGGCGUUGCUUCAGCGGAAAGCGGACACAAGCGCAGAUUUUUAGCAGCGCGGAAAAAGCCGAAAAGCGCGAUGAAAAUGCUCGCGGACACGGAGCGUGAGGAAGCCCUCAAUUUGCAAAUUGAGUUCGAAUGGGUGCUGCGACAAGAGGUACACGCGAUACUGAAGCAACUGCGGACCAUUCUGGUGGAAUGCGCCCAUCGGUUUCCGGUGCCCCUGUACGAGAACGAGGGAAAGAAGACUGAGAAGUUCAUACUCACCGUGUCGCCCGAUCAGCUGAAGGCCGUGCUAACGUUAACAGGCGAUGCCAUCACCCAGGCUGACAUUAGCUUUAAGCUGUGCAAGGCCCCGAGCCAAACGCAACGUACCUCCAUCACACAUGACUCGCCCUGGAAGCUGCAGCAGGUCCAGGAUGCCGCCAAUCAUCUGCAGACCGCCAUUAAUCACAUAGACGAUGUCGACGACUCUUAUCACUUCAAAACCUCCGACGAAGUGCUGCAUGUGAUAGGCAACAUUCUGGACGCACUGCAACGCGGCAGAAACAGCCUGCUGGUGCCUAAGAAGAAGCCCAUCGACGAACUGAUCAAGGGGCGCAAUAUGAAGUCGCUGGUGCCCAAUCUGCCCGAGGAUCUGGCUGUUAGCUUCUACCUGCAGAGCCACAAGCUGAUCAUUGCCGUCUACCAGCUGCUGAACAACCAGGGCACCAUGCGCUUCGACUCCCGCCAGGCGGAGGCCUCCGUCCAGUGGCUUAACGAUGUGCUACUGCUGCUGAUGAAUGGCCAGAAACUGUGCCAGCAAUUGAAAGACAAGAUAUCUGUGUUUUCGGUGUACAAAGAUUUCACAGUUGGCUCGCGUUCGCCCUCAGCGCUUUCCUAUUGAGAUGAGGCGGCAUCGGGAUCGGGAUUGGGAUCGGGAUCGGGAUCGGGAACGGCUACUUGAUGGAUAGCAACUGUGGAGCGGCGACAGAAACAAUAACAACAAUAAUAGCUAAUAAAGAACCGUACUUGUAAUAGCGAAGUAAAUAAUGUUAGUUAAAAUGUUGCUACUGGAAACGGCACACCCAUAAUACCCAUGCAUACUAUACUAUACUAUACUAUACUAUACUACACUAUACUAUACAACACCAUACUACAUAUAAUGAAAAGAGAGUAGUAUACAUACAUCUAGUUAAAUGAACACAAUCAACAUUCAUGUUAAAAUACGUUUACGUAGAACCUGAGUUCAUCGCUUCACGUCACUCCAAUUAUGCAUCAAAAUGCAUCUAAAUAGCAUUAGAAUUCAAUCUGAGAAUUGAGAAAGGAAAAUGUUUGUGAAAACCAAUUGUGUUUUGUAUGUGUAACUAAAUGAAAUUGCUAGAUAAUUAUAGUUUAUUCGUACGUGUAAUUUAAUGUAUAAUACUAUGCCCCAUUAUUUAUGAUCGCGAAGAUGCAAUGUAAUCCACCAAGUCAGCAGUCAGUCGGUACUUAAAGUCGGUACUUACAACCUAUAUACACCCCAAUAGGCCUCCAUAUACCUAAGUACAUACGGAUGGGGCACCUACAUCGGCAUUUACAUGAUAUUGUUGUAAUAAACCAAACCGAAAUGUGAACAGAAUUUUUAAUUGUACUAAACACCGUUUUGUAUUCGUAUUCGUAAUUGAAUAUCCGUAACUGUAUUCCCCGUACUCGUUAAUGGUUAAUGGUUAAUGGUUAAGCGCGCCUAAUCCUAAUCUAAUCCAAAGUCAUUUGUAUCAACGGCCUUUACUUCUCGUUUACUUUAUACAUCUACCAGGGAGUUUAUAAAGAUAUAGAAUGUUAUUGAGAGAUGCAACGAAAACAAUUACCACUGUACUUAUUGAAUAUUACAAUUGCCUAAGCACCCCUACUAAAUGCAUGGGAAAAGAAGACAACUAUUUAUGUAAUCACUAAGCGUACUUACUGUCCACAUUCAUUUAAUUGUUGUUGAAUAAAUAAUACCUUUUACCAAAA